AUUGCAUGUUAAACUGGAAACAUGGCGGACGGAUGAUGUAAACGUUUAGGUUGCGAAGAGGAGGUCAUUUUAAUAAUUUCGUAGAUUAAAACUCACAGCAUGGGCAAAGAAAAGGCAGGAGCAUUAACACCAAAAGCCAUAUCGAAUAGAAUUAAAGCUAAAGGUUUGCAGAAGCUGCGAUGGUAUUGUCAAAUGUGUCAGAAACAAUGCCGAGAUGAGGUACAUGUUCUGUGAAGUCCAUUCUUAAAUUUUUUAAAGUCGAUAUUGAUAUUUGUGAACCGAAUAAUAUUUCAUGUACCUCUCCUUUACCUUUUCUUGGGAAAGAAUGGAUUCAAGUGCCACACUAUGUCGGAAUCACACCAACGCCAGCUUUUGUUAUUAGCAGAAGAUGUUGAUAAGUACAUGGACACUUUUUCCAAGUAAGCUAAUUUUCACUUUUGUUGAUAAACAUGUAGGCUUAGUACUGUGUCCGUGAUUAUUAUAAUUUAGGCAAAAAUACAGAGUACAGGGCUUCUUAUUUACAUAAUUAUCACUGAAUCAAAACUGGGCUUUAUAAAUAUUUCUUGUUUAUUGAUGAAAGUUAACAAUGUCAAUCUCAGUGGCCUUGGACAAUGUUAACCACACAGCCCCGUAUUUCCUGAAAGUGCGAAGAUUGAAAAAUUCCUUUUCAUGAUUAAUUAUUGUGUUUCACUGGUGGCAGGGAGUAUUGAUACUAGUUCUUUCGUUUUUCAAUUGUCAGGGAGUUCCAAGACACUUUUCUAAAGCUUUUGAAGAGACAGUUUGGUAUGUGAUGUGGUGUUAUUGUAUUUUACAAUUUUUUCUUGUUCAUCAUGGCUAACUUUCAUCACUUGGUCAAAUUUUCUACACAACUAGUCUCUGAAACACAUUCCUUUUCCUAUUCAGUAGUGAAAAGAGGCUGAGUGUGACUAAGCAAAGUUUUUCAACCAAGAGCAGCAACAUCUUUAUAAUAAAUGUUGUCGUUCAUCUUGGUUUAAUUGGUAGUAAAAUGAAAAUUAAAUCGUUUUUCACAUGAUGUAGAGUCAGGCUAUCUAUUAUAUUCAUCCCGACAUUUCAAAUGCUAUAUUGAUAGUCUUUGUUGGGUGAUGAGGCCAAAAGUUUAUGUGUUGCUAUUUAUAGCACCUUGGUUUGCUGUUUUUGGUGUGUUUUGGAGCACUGUCAUUGGUGUAUUUUGUAUUUGUAUUUUGAUCUUGUUUGUUACUCAUCCACGUUUGUUCUUGUAUCUGCCCUCAAUGGUCCAUGUUAUUUCAUGUUAUACACCUGCAGUUCAACAGAAACGAACAACCAAAACAUCAACAAAAACAUUUAUUUUGUAUUGUCACUUACUUAUGACUUGAAAAUCAGACAAAGCAUUAGAGAAUAUUAACUUCAAUUGUUGGAUUACUGGAUUAAUUGGAACAUUACAGAUUAUGACAUGUAUUAUGUAACAGUUAACUCUUCAAUUCCAAAGAUCUGAUUGUUAAUUCUCCCCUUUAGUUGUUACACAUUUGCUUCAAAAUUAGUGACAAGAAUCUGGUUUUGGAUCACAAUAAAAUCUUUUACAGUGUACCUUUUAAGUUUGAGCAUUCUCUCUACCUGUAUCCUGAAUAAUGUGUGUGUAUUAUAGGGAGAAGUUACAUGUGAAUCACCUCUGGGAGUAAUAAAGCUUUAAAAAGAGAGGUGACACUCAGAGCAGGGGAUGAUAGAAGAUACAAAUUUAUCUUUACAGUGAACUCUCAUCCAAGCUUGUAUGGGUCACCAUUUGAUGUUGUUGAUAACCAGAAUUCUGCACUGUAGGUUUUCUUGAAUACACUUAAACUACAAAGUAUGCAAUACCAUGGACCAUCACGGUGGAUGAAUAAAUUUUUUAUUGGAGAGGGGUUUUAAACUUUGAUUCAGAAAACACAGAAUUUUUUUCUGUAUUAGGGAGCUUUCACAAGCUAAGAAAUAUUUCCAAAACAUUUUUUCAUGUAAUCCUGUCAUUGCAAGAAUUUUGGUUUCAAAGAAGUGGUAAAAUAAAAGAAAGAAAAAAAAACAGUUCAAAUGUGAAGACCAUACCCCAACCUUUACCCCUUCCAUCAGUAACAAAUAAAACUUAAUUUCUUGCAACACUUUUUUUUUUUUAGGAACUCGUAGAGUAAGGGCUAAUCAAGUUUAUCAGGAUUACAUCAGUGACAGGCAUCAUACUCACAUGAAUGCAACUCAGGUUAGUGUAGGACUGUUUGUUGACUACAGAGAAAGUCUUGGUUUUUUGUCUCAUGCUUAUCACAAAUGAAUCAAUAUUUCAUUGUUAUCUGUAUUUGAUUAUUAGAUAUUUAACAAUUAUGCCUUUGCAUGUUUUAUUUUAUAUUUUAUUACAGUAUGAUUUGAUUAAUGCUAAACAUGUUCUUUUCCUUUUUUAGUGGGAAACUCUAACUGAAUUUGUAAAGUGGCUGGGGAAGGAAGGUAAGUUAUGUGUUAUUCACUGUUAUGCACAAAGCUUAAGUUAUUGCUAAAUGUAAUGCGAACUGAUUUAAUCCUCUAACCCUGAGGAGUGAUGAGCAUCUAAUUUCCCCAUAAUACCGCUGAUCAUUCAUUAAGAUAAGGUGAAUAAAAUUAAAUUUUUAUUAAAAUUAAAAACAAGUGAACCUAACUAACUUUGAUUGUUAAACGAAUUCUCCUGGUCAGUACCAAAGAUUAUGUAUAGAAGAGAGUAUGGGGAAUAUGGAUACUGAUGUUAGAGUGUAAAGCAAUUUUCAUCUCCUUAUAAUUGCUUCGUUUUUUUUUCAAUUAGGACACUGCAAGGUAGAUGAGACAGAAAAAGGGUGGUUUAUUUCAUACAUCGACAGGGAUCCUGACACCAUAGAGAGGCAAAAGGUACAUAUGGUAGAGCCCAAAAUUUUAUUGUUAUCACUGUAUAAAAGGGUUAAGUUUGCUAAUAAACUGUGGUGCUGCAUCAGUAGGAGAGUAUAAAAUAAUAAUUUGGUUUUAUCAACUGAGUUGAAAACUUAAGUGGGCCACUGUAAAGAAAUUCAAAGCUGACAUUUCAAGUGUUAGCCGUUUGCCAUUUGCUCUGACAAAGGGCUAAGGCUAAAAAGUGUCAGCUUUGGAACUCUUUACAGUUGCUAAAUAAAUUUAGGUUUACUUAUCUACUCAGGUGAUAAAACCAAAUUACCUUGUUACAAACUUUAAGAGCUGACGGAUUAAAGAGUGCAAAGAAAACCAUCAUCAACUGUUUGAUAGGAUCCAGUAGUUUAUGCCAUCAUUAUCCUUUCAAUAGAAUUUUAAAUCUUAAUUGCUUGGGUACAAAUGGAAAGGUAGUACAUGUACUUGUUACUUUAUAUUUAGGCAGCUGCGGCUAAAGAAAAGAUGGAGAUGGAUGAUGAGGAAAGACGAAGUAAGCUUCCUUGGUGCUAAAGUUUUAAGAUGUGAUAUGUAAAUAAAUAACAUAAUUUAAUGAUUUGAAUGAAACUUUCAUCACCUCUUUCAUCACUUCUGCUACUAGUGUUUCUAGGGAUUUGAUGGGGUGUGCUAAUGCAUCUGAUGUUUUUUCUCCCAUUUAGAUUGUGAUUUCACCAACCAAAUUUACAAUAUUUCAGACCUGCAAACAUGAAUGUUUCAGAGAGUAUGCACAGAGAUUUUAUUAUUUUAAUUGUACAUGGCAAACUGUAAUAUAUUUAAUGCAUCUGACCAAUAAGCAAAUUUAUUUACUGUUCAACAGCUAAACUUCUUGAAAGGCAAAUUGAAAGAGAACGAGCAAGGAAAGUAGAUGAGGUUUGUCUUGAACAAAAAUGUCUUCUUAUUAUUUCAAUAUUGUCUUUCAGAUCCUUAGUAAAUACACAUUUUUUAUGGUAUUUGUUUGUUUUGUUAGCCAAAACCAGUCUUCACAGAGCUCAAACGAGACAAUGAAGAGGAAAAAGGUUUGCUAGAUUGAUUGUCAGUUAUCUACUGCUACACAUUUCCUUAUUCCUUGUCGUUUUUAAUGAUACCUCCAACCUGAUAAGUUUGCAGAUUCUCAUUGCCUGUUUGUUGCAUCUUCUCAGUACUGUUCUCAACACAAAUCCUAAGUUGCUGAUAAGGAGAUUAAGAGCUUCUUAAUAGUUGGUGAUCAUUUCCCUUAUUCCUGUGACCUUAGUGUUUGAUUUAGGGGUGAUCAUGUAAGGAGAAUUUAAAAGCUUGUUCUUCUUAGGGGUUAAUGGGUUAGCCUCUAUGAUCUGAUAAGAUAUUGUUUGUCCCCAGCUCUGAGGAUGUAGUCUUCUUAUGUUGUGGGAAUGUUUUAGACCAAUCACUGAGCAUAGAAAAGCAAUUCAAUGGGAUUCUACAGUACUCUCUAAGCACAUUUGCAAAUUCUGUUUGUCAAUUUAUUAUCAUGGUAAUAAUUUAGUGCAGUUUUUAAUUGAGGGUAAAAAACUUGAACCCAAGUAUUCCCAGCAACCAGUCAGAACAAAGAUAUACAUUAUCGUUAGCCAAUGAGAACUCAAACUGCUUAGCGCGGGAAAACGCGAUUGACCAAGUCGCGAUUGUUUUUAUUCUUGCAUCUGAUUGGUCGAGAGAAUGGCGAGAUUUUCUAGACCAAUUGCAAAGUAAAGUGCAGUAAAACCAAAGCAAUCCUGGCUUACUUUCAACGCCCAUUGGAAAAUUUCUCUAACAUCAAAUAAAUUGUAAUUUUCUCUUUUUUAGUGACGUUCCUUAUGCCAGCGGCAAAGAAGGAGUCUGAUCCAGGCCCCAGCGGGUAAGCACAUUACUAAAAGAAAAAAUGUCAACCGAAUUUUGUAAGAAUUUUGUCCUCAACAAAUCCUUGCCAGUAUUUGAUCAUACCUGUAUUUCUGGACUUAGGAAACCUCUCAGUUCCUGUGAGUUCUCUGAGGGACAUCACGUUUUUAUCCCCUUAAACGAUAAAAGAAUAAGGGAGUGUUUAUAAUUAAUUUGUUAGUGUACGCAUUGUUACCAUGAUUAUAGAUGACUUCUUUGCUACUAUGCAUUAAGAUUUCUUAAGCCAACUUUCCUCAGCGAAAUAUCUCAGCGAAAUAUCUCGGCGAAGUUCAGUCUCUUUAAACACGCGUUCAAAGCGUUGUCUGCUAGUUUCGAUUUUUAGCUUUGAUCACCUUAAGAAGAGUGUAAACUGGGCAGUUUCUGGAAAAAAAUUACAAGGCCUUAACAGAGACCAGAUUUGAACACCAUGCAGGAACUAACCUUCACUGUUGUAAUCUGCAAUAUAGAGCAAUGCUGUCGAGGUCAAUUGGACUGCCAAAUCCAAUUAUGUCAGCGAGUUUGAUGCCGAAGGAAAAGAAGAAAGAGAAAGAAAAAGCCAAAGAAAGGUAUUGAAACUGUUUGAACAAUUGGAAGGGCUCUUCGUUUUUCGUUAUUUUUUUUUCCUUUUUUUUUUUUUUUUUUUUGGCUCCUAUUGAAUUGCAGACAUGUGUUCUCAAUGUAUUGUACAGGCCGUCAGCUUGUUAGAAUAUGUAAAUAAAGAUUUCGUUUUGGAGUGAAAGUUUUUGUCUAGAGGGUGCCGUGACAAGACGAUGAAUGUCUGUUAUGAAGGCUUCGACAAUAAAGUAUAUAUCCCUAAUUUAACAAACUUUCAUUUAGUCGAAGUUUUUUGAAGAGGACGUCAACAAAAACAAAGAAAUCUCAACUGCUUUGUCUUUCAUGCGUUCUUUUUCGUUUAUUUAUGUGUUUCAUUGUUUUUGAGACAGAGGGGUGUUUUACAAGGGAGGGGAGCUAACUUAGCACUGGUGAAAGUUUCUGUUCCUAGUUAGCGCUAGAAAUAAUGUACAGAACUUUGUUUUUAAUUUUCUAGUCAAAAGCGGAAAUCGGCGCUGGAGGAGAUAAUGGAAGUAAGUUCAUGGAAAAAAGUUGUCAUGUUACAGAACUGAGGUUUUUUACCUCUCAGACGUGGACCAAAAGGGAAUACUUUCGUUUUACUAAUAAACUCUGCAUUUUUUUUUCCUUAAGAUGGAAGAGCAAAAAAAGAUGAAGAUAAGCCGAAAGGACAACUGGAUUGCAAAAGUAAGUAAAAGUCAGAUACGAGGUGAAAUGGAUGGCAACCCAGCGAGUGAAGAGCGAACGAACGAAUGAACGUACGAAAGGACAAACGAACUAGCGAACACACGAACGAUCGAACAUACGAACCCGCGAAUAACGACCAAGUGAACCAGCGAACUAACGAACGGAAGACCGAAUGAACCAGCGAACAAACGAAAGAACGACCGAGUGAACCAGCGAACAAACGAACGAAAGACCGAAUGAACCAGCGAACAAACGAAAGAACGACCGAGGGAACCAGCGAACAAACGAACGAAAUACCGAGUGAACUAACGCACCUACAAACAAACGAAGAGCGAGGGAAGGAACGAACUAGGAGUGGUGAACUCUUUAUAUUGUAGUAGCAGUAUAAUAAAAAUAGUAUACUAAAAUAAUAAUAAUGAUAGUAUAGUAUUGAUGGUACGACUGCAAAGAAUUUAUUCUGGUACUGUGAAUCAUUGCAUGAACUUAUCUUCUGGCGUUCAUUUGCAGGGAAUCGUUGUGAAAAUCAUGACCAAAAAACUUGGAGAAAAAUACUACAAAAGGAAAGGAACAAUAAAGGUCUGAACCUAAAAUACUGUUCGUUACAGUCUAAUUUAAACGAAUGAUCUCUAUGGACUGAAUGCGUCUUUACGAAGGCAAUCUUACCGUCUCCACCCUGAAACUACCGGAAGUAUUGGUCACAUGACCACUUCUUACAAUGCAUCAACCAGUAAGAAUAGACAAACAAACAAACAAGAGGUUAUCAUCUCGAUAGAAAACCAAAUUCUCAUACAGCUGUCAUCUUCUGCAGCCGCCGUCCCCGCCUAAGUUUCAACAACAUCAAGAACUUUGUCACAUUAGUUGAUUGUUCCCAACCUUCCUUUUUUUACCGCAGGACAUUAAGAAUCUAUUUGUAGCCGUGAUAAAGAUGUCAGAUGGUGGAGAUGUUCUCAAAGUGGACCAGGAACACUUGGAAACAGUCAUACCAGCCAUAGGUAUUGUUGCUUCAAUAACUUGACCGGUAUCCGUCCUUUAGGGGAGAUGUCUGUAAUAAUCUUAAGGUCUCGAGAUGCGCAGGAGAAAUGGGGACAAGUGUUGGUGGUAAGCACACGACGAAAAGACUGUCGGCUUUUCCCACGCGCCUCCCCAUGAAGGGAUUGGGGAAGAGUUGGUAAUAUAUUCGGAAAUAAAGUUAUUAAUUCUCAGACUAAUUCCUGAUUACCAGUUGAAGAAGCCUUAGAUUGUUGAACAAAUUCUCCUUGUCAGAACCCUAAGAAAUGUUUAGGGAGUUGUAUGGAGAAUAUGCAUACUGAGUAAGGGAGUGAAGGGUUAAUGUCAGAUGUACUCUAAGCUUUAUUUGAGUGGUGUUGUUUGAUUUCGUUGUUUGUUACACUGAUUCUUAAUUGAAUUCUGUUAAUUUGAGUAACGUUAGGGAAAUAAAAACUGUUGUUUCUUGACGUGUAUGGUUUUGGAGGUAUUAACUGCAUUUAUUGUAUUUCCAGGAAAGACUGUCUUAAUUGUAAACGGUGCCUACAGAGGAGCCAGAGCUUCGCUUGUGUCCUUGGAUGAAAAGACCUUCUCUGUAGCCGUAGAGUUGAAAGAUGUAAGCUAAAAAAAGCUUUGGUUGAUCAGAUUGACUCACUGUUAAGUGUUUUAUAUAUUAGUGAUUAGUUGAGCAUCAACGUACUGUAUAGACCAGUUGUCAUUUCAUUAUCUUGACGCCUGAAUCAAGUUUGUUUCAUGGCCCAUUCUUAGCGAUGGAGAAAUCACUUCAGACCAAGGAGAGCUUAAAAGUACGCAGAAGCGAACGAUCCCCAGGGGUGGAAAACACAAAUGAUCAAGUACUAAUUGGUUUUCAUUCGGAAAUGUUUUUUGACAGGGAAAAAAGAACUUCAGUUCGCUUUUCUUGGUGGAAAAAUUCACGUAGACGUCGGAUACCUAUUUCUUUGUUUUUGCGUUUCCCCACAGGGACCCCACCGAGGGAAGAGAAUUGACAGGAUCCCGUAUGAAGACAUCUGUAAGGUUGACACGUGACAGCAAGUCCCAGAGCCACAUCUUUGGUCGCGAAAAAAUGGGAAUGUCAGCGCUGAGACGUGGGAAAAACCACACAGGAUAGUUAAUGCUACUUUGUCAUACUCAACAAAUAUAUCCAAAGAAAGGCGUUUCAGCAAUCCUCGAGAAAACGUUUGCUACAGUAUUUUACAACGUGCUUCCACAAAGCCACUAAGCCAUGAAGCCAUUUUCUUUUUUCGGUAAAAAUUUGUUUGUAGAAAUAUUGUAAACAUAUUACAUUUUUUUUUUUUUUCAUGAAAUAGUAAUAAAAAGGAG